GCCCCUGCUCCCUCCCCUCCAUGAGGGACAUCCCCACCCCCAUCCCCUUGGACCUCAGCCACACCAGGGAGAAACCUAGACGGCGUCCUAAACCCCACGUCUCUGGGGUGACUCUGUUUCCAGGACUGACGAUCACGCCCGGCCGAGGAGGAGGAGAAGACGCCCCUCUCACUCCUUCCCCGACGCCCUCGCCGCCCGAGAACUCCUUCCCCAGGUUCCACUUCGGGAGGUCCUCGGUGGGAUCCCUGGGAUCGAACGCGAAGAAGCGACCUUCGAGCAGCAGCAGCAGCAGCACCCCAACCGAUCCUGCGGAAGCGUCAACGACGCCCCCGGCAGCAGCAGCGGCGCCGGCAGCGACGCCGUCGUCGGCAGCGCACGGGCUGGCGCCCGUCCGCCCACAGCAGGAGGGCGAGGGCGUGGAGUCGUGGUGGUAUCCCGGGCUGAUAGGGGUGGGCGGGGACUUGUUCCGCGGACUUCCUGACCUGCCUCUGCCCUUUCCUGGACUUCCUGCCUUUUUAGCGAGGAGAAGGAGACGUGACAACCGGCAGCGGAGACAGAGGACAACGUUUACCUCCGAACAGACGCUCAGGUUGGAGAUGGAAUAUCACAGGAAUGAGUAUAUCUCCAGGCCUCGUCGAUUUGAAUUGGCCGAAUCACUCGACUUGACGGAGACGCAAAUCAAAAUAUGGUUCCAGAACAGGCGGGCGAAGGACAAGAGGAUCGAGAAAGCCCACAUGGACCAACAAUACAGGUGCAUGACUUCCCUGGGCAACCUAGGUCCUUUGUACCACCCGGCUUUCUGUGGCAUUUGCACGUACAAGCCCACGUCGACGCCCCAGUCAAUCCCCAACAGGGCAGGAGGCACGUCCUCUCCUCCGUCACUCCUGAGCGGUUCUGCGGCUUCUUCCCCACCGUCGUCACUGCUGAGCGUCCCGCUGCCUUCCCAGCCCGGCAUUCCCAUUGGUCCGAGCGGAGCGUCCGGUCUCCCGAUUGGUCCGAGCGGAGCGUCCAGUCUCCCGAUUAGCCAGACCAGCAUCAGCCAGGCAGUGAGCCUCGCUCUCGGCCAGACGCAGCAUGCGACUGCCAGCAGCCUCUCGUUAGUACCACCACCGCCUUCCAGCAACUUGUCGGUGGCACCUCAUCACAUCCCUCCGUCGUUUCUCAGCUCUUCUGUGACGACUCCUUCGCCGCCUGCUGUCGCCACCACAGUCGCAUCAGCAGCAACCGCGACCAUCAAGAAGCCGGUUCCUCUGCCAGCCACCACAGCGAGCCUAGUCGCUCUGCGAGCACAGGCUUAUUGAGAGGAGGAAGAUACGAGCUGGUACAAAAGUCGUCCUGGAGAGUCAUCUUGGUAUUUCAUGAAUUCCUUAGUCUGACAAUAACGUUAUGUCAUAUUACUGUCAUUUCAAUUCAUACAAAGUUCUCGCCAGUCCUUUUCAAAUCGAAGCUUUACUUACUUGUAAAAAUGGGCAAAAAAUGUGUAAAAAAUGGAAAAAAAUUAUAAACCAAAUAAUUAAACCAAAUACCUUUCGUCAGCUGCGCAGGUGUGCACGGCCAAAGGGAAAUGAAGAAGUCAUGUGUAAAUUACUUUACCAAAUAAGUUAUUCUCAAGAAUUUUGUAAACUAUAUUUAUGCUGUCCAGACGUCAGCUCCUUAGGGCUGCUGACAACAAUUAAGUUAAGGUUCCUGUAGUGAGUUAUUUUCGAAGUCCCAAGACACCAAAGAUUGUAUACAUAUCACGAAGAUUGAAUAUUUACUCUAUGCACCCAUUUAGUUUAGUAGAA